AUGUCUGGACAACAACAAAUCAAUUUUGAAAAGCCUUUCAUUGGCUCUAUUGAUCAAGGAACAUCCUCAACAAGAUUUAUAUUAUUUGAUUCCAAAGGUGAUACUGUUCUAUCUCAUCAGAUUCCACUAAAACAAUAUCAUCCUAAUCCAGGAUGGGUUGAACAUGAUGGUCUGGAAAUCAUAAAUUCAGUGAAUGAGUGUAUCUCACAGGUGUUGAACAAAUACAAAGAAACAAACAUCGGUGAAAUAAGUGAUAUCAAAGCAAUAGGAAUCACCAAUCAGAGAGAAACCACUAUUGUUUGGGAUAAAAACACUGGAAAACCAUAUCACAAUGCAAUCGUUUGGAGUGAUACUAGAACUUCUUCCAUUGUAAACAGAUUCAACACAAAAGCAGAGUCUCUAUUGAAAAAAGAACAACAAUCACAAUCACAACAACAAAUAGUUCCAAAAGAUUAUCUUAGAGAUAUAUGUGGAUUACCAAUUGCCAACUAUUUCUCUGCUGUAAAACUAAGAUGGCUCAUUGAAAACGUGCCAGAGAUCGACCAGAGCAAUGCACUCGCUGGAACCAUUGACAGUUGGUUAGUUUGGAAUUUGACAAACAAAAAGACACACAUUACAGAUGUUACCAACGCUUCGCGUACCAUGCUAAUGAAUCUCGCCACGCUCGAAUGGGAUUCAAAGCUGUGCGAUUUCUUUGACGUUCCAAACAGCCUGCUACCAAAGAUAUGCAGCUCCGCAGAGAUCUACGGUCACGUAGAGAGUGGUCCACUCGCUGGUGUACCCAUUGCAAGUGUGUUGGGUGAUCAACAGUCUGCGAUGGUCGGUCAGAUGUGCUUUGACAAAGGACAAGCGAAAAACACUUAUGGUACCGGUUGUUUCUUGCUCUACAACACGGGUGACGAUAUUGUCCACUCGAAACAUGGACUUUUGACAACCGUUUGCUACAAACUUGGUAAAGAUUCACCUGUACACUAUGCACUGGAAGGUUCGAUCGCCGUGGCAGGCGCAGGAGUAAAAUGGCUAAUUGAAAAUCUAGGAUUUGCCAACAACUCAAAGGAAAUCGAAGCAUUGGCCAACUCUGUACAGGACACUGGAGGAAUGUAUAUUGUUCCAGCUUUUUCAGGCUUAUUCGCUCCUCAUUGGAGAGAUGAUGCAAGAGGUGUAAUGGUAGGAUUAACACAUCAUACAAAUAAAGCUCAUAUUGCAAGAGCUAUGUUAGAGUCAACGUGUUUUCAAACGUAUGAAGUUCUGAAAUCUAUGGAAAAGGAUUCAAAUGAUAAACUUGUAGAGCUGAGAGUCGAUGGUGGAAUGACUAUGAAUGAUCUUCUAUUGCAAAUACAAGCAGAUAUUCUUGGAUUACCUGUUGUUCGUCCACACAAUUUAGAGACAACAUGUUUUGGUGCUGCAUAUGCUGCCGGACUUACAGUUGGUGUUUGGUCAUCGGCUAUGCAAUUCCACAUUGGAAAGAGAUUCACACCUAAUCCAAACAUCGAUCACAUGAAGAGAAUAAACGAUUGGCACAAAGCUGUUUCAAAAUCAGUAGAUUGGGUUGAUAAAUAA